AUGGGUGGCUUAGAAGAGGCGACAAGAGGUGCGGACACGAGCUGGUCGACAAUCCCGACGAGUCUCCUGCUUCAGGAGCUCCAUCGGCGAGCAGACGAGGGCGAGAGGCCCCAGUGCGGAUCGAAGCAUCAUGGGUGGUACGACACGGCGGCGCACGUCUUCGCCCUGUUCCUCGUUUUCGUCCUGAGCACGCUGGCCUGCGGCUUCCCCUUGAUAUCGCGACGGACGACUACGGGAAAGCGACAGCGGGCCAUCAUAUUCUACUGCCAACACGUCGGCACCGGCGUCCUGCUCGCCACGGCCUUUGUCCACCUGCUCCCGACGGCCUUUCAGUCCCUCACGGACCGUUGCCUGCCAAACUUCUUCAGCCGCAGGUACAGGCCGCUGGCCGGGCUGGUGGCCUUGGUCUCGGCCAUUCUCGUCACCGGCGUCGAGUCGUACCUGACGGCGCGGGGCGCCGGUCACUCGCACGCGCAUUCGCACUUUUUCGACGGCGACGACGACGACGACGACGACGAUUCGGACGGCGAGGGGCACUUCCACGACGUCAAUCUCCACGACGACGGUCACGGCAGCCGCGUCCCUCGGCGAGCGGCGACUGGCCGGUCGGCUGCCGUUUCGCGCGACGACUUGGAGGUGACGCAGGGACUCGUCGCCGGCGCCGAGCCGCUGCCGGCAUCGUCUCCCGUCGUGCCGUCGAGGGAGGGGCGGUCGGCGGGCCGCAGGUUCAAGGGGGGUGAAUCGGAGCUCGAGUUCGACAUGGACGAGCUGGACCCGGCACCGAUCAACGACGGCGGCGACAGCCCGUACGCGUCCCCGCCGGAGACGACGACGCGGGAGAGGGGCGGCUUGGCGGACGCGCAGGCGCCGACGGCCGAGUUUCAGCAUCGUCAGCUGCUGCAGUGUCUGCUGCUCGAGGCCGGCAUCCUCUUCCACAGCGUCUUCAUCGGCAUGGCCAUCUCGGUCGCGACCGGGCCCGCCUUUGUCGUCUUCCUCGUCGCCAUCAGCUUCCACCAGUCGUUUGAAGGGCUCGCGCUCGGAAGCCGCAUCGCCGCCAUCCAGUUCCCGCGCACGUCGGUCCGACCGUGGCUCAUGGUGCUCGCCUACGGCGUCACGACGCCCAUCGGGCAGGCCAUCGGCCUCAUCGUGCACAAGAUGUACGACCCGGCCUCGAUGGGCGGCCUGCUCGUCGUCGGCUUCAUGAACGCCAUCUCGGCCGGCCUGCUGCUGUACGCCGGCCUCGUCCAGCUCCUGGCCGAGGACUUUUUGUCGGAGAACAGCUACAAGGUGCUCAGGGGGAAGAAGAGGCUGCGGGCGUACCUGUCGGUGUGCGCCGGCGCCGUCCUGAUGGCGCUCGUCGGCGCCUUUGCGUAG